GGCGGGAGUUCAGGAGCCCCCUCCCCUGGAGGCGAUCCGGGCCCCCGCCCCGCCAGGAACCCAGGAAGGGCCCCAGGUAUUGUUCUCCCCACUCUCCAGCCUGGGGUCGGGAGUUCAGGAGGCUCUUCCUCAAAAGGGGCAUCCAGGGGUUCCCUCUGACCCCCAGGAUCCCAGGUCUUGUUCCCCUCACUAUCCAGUCUUGGAGUCUAGAGUCAUGGAAGCCCCUUACCCAUGAGGUGAUCCAGGCAUCCACCUUCCCCCCAGAAAUUCAGGAAGGACCCCAGUUAUUUCUCCUCCUGGCUUCCAGCUCAGAGAUGGAAAUUCAGGAGCCAAUUUAAGGGACCCUCUGUCCCCCAACCCCUGGGAAAUCCAGUAGGGGAGCCAACAUCACCCCACCACCCUUCAAAGUGGGAUCUGGGUUGAGGAGGUGAUCUAGGAACUCAGCCCUCUCUGUUUGCAUCCCCCUACCCGGCUCUGGGGUUGUGGCUCAGGAUGUCCCCCUCCCCAGAAGGAAAGCCAGAAGUCCCCCUGCCUCCCAGGAACAGAUCUGUUGUUUGCCCCCCAACCCCCUGCCAGUGUCUAGCCAGGGGGUGAGUAGCUCUAGACAUCACCCCACUACAGGGAAUUCUCCGCCUGCUCCCCAGAAGGGAUCCCAGCUAUUGUUUGUCCAUCCCCCUCCCUACCACCAGCCAUGGAGCUGGAAUUCAGGAUCUAGAAUUCUCCCACAAAGGUACCAAAGUCUCCUGACACCCAUCCCCAUCUACCUCAGCCAUGGGGUCAAUCAUCCAGGAAUACUCUCUUCCUAGGAGAUGGCCCAGGUGUCCCCCCAGUAACCCAAGAGAAGCCAGAGGUACUUUUUGCCGACCUUCCAGUUCGGAGUCAGAAUUCAGACUCUUCUAUCUAAUUGGGCAAACAUGUAUAUGGACACCUGUCCUUACCCUCCUGGCUAAUGAGUCCAUGGGUCUCCCUGCUUCCUCCAGAGGUCCCACGUAUUACAUCAUCAUCCUCACUCUAGUUGUAGAACUCAGCGGUCAGCGUCUUCCAUCUAAGACAGAACCCAGGUGUUUGGACACUUAGUCCUAUCGCAGAACUGUGAGGCUCGGGAUUCAGGUUGUCUCCUCCCUGGGAAGCGAGCCAAGGUCUCCCUCCCUCCCCCAGUCACCCAGGAGGAGGACCAGAUGUUGUUUGCCCCCUCCCCCCCAGAUCGAGGCUUCAGAGGUCAGGAUGUUUCCACUCUAGGAAGUGAGCCAGAGGUCACCCUCCCUACCAGGGACCCCCAAAUAUGUCACCCUCAACCAUGGGAUUCAGGCCAUGUACUUAGUGACAAGCACAGGAUCCCAGAUACCCACGCUCUUCCCAUGAAAGGGCCAUGGUCCAGGGGACAGGCAUCCAGGACUCUCUCUCCUCCACAGGACCCAAGCUUCCCAGGAGAGGAGGAACCCAGGAUGGAGAGAGGGGCAGAGCCAUGGAGCUGGACCCUGCUCCCGAAGCGGCUGGCACUUCCACACCAGGGAUGCGGCGCUCCGUCCUGGUCAGGAACCCAGGCCACAAAGGACUGAGGCCCUCUUACGAAGAGCUUGACUCCGACUCAGAAGACCUAGACCCCAACCCAGAAGAGCUAGACCCAGUUUCUGAAAAGCCAGAGCCUGACCCGGAAGACCUCAACACUGUCUCUGAAGAUGUGGACCCCAGCUAUGAAGAUCUGGAGCCUGUCUCCGAGGAUCUGGACCCGGAUGUGGAAGCUCCGAGCUCCAUCUCGGGGACCCGUGACUUGGAUCCCCAAGAUCUUGACCCCAUGUCUUCAAGUUUUGACGACCCAGACGUCAUCGGCCUUCCCCUGGUUCUUGACCCUGACAGCGACACCCUCAGUCCGGCUGCUGCUCCAGACCUGGAUCCCCUCUCGUCCGACCUCACUGCCACCCCCGAGGUCCUGGCCACCAGCCCAGCGGUGCUCCCCGCACCUGCCAGCCCUCCCCGGCCCUUCUCCUGCCCCGAUUGCGGGCGAGCCUUCCGCCGCAGCUCGGCGCUGCUACAGCACCAGCGCACGCACACGGCUGAGCGCCCGUACCGCUGUCCCCACUGCGGCAAGGCCUUCGGCCAGAGCUCCAACCUGCAGCACCACCUGCGCAUCCACACGGGCGAGCGGCCCUACGCCUGUCCCCAUUGCUCCAAGGCCUUUGGGCAGAGCUCGGCGCUCCUGCAGCAUCUGCAUGUGCAUUCGGGCGAGCGCCCCUACCGCUGCCAGCUCUGCGGCAAGGCGUUCGGCCAAGCCUCCAGCCUCACCAAGCACAAGCGGGUGCAUGAGGGCGCGGCCGCUGCCGCGGCUGCAGCUGCGGCUGCUGCCGCCGGCCUGGGCCUCAGCCCUGCUUCCAUGUUGAGGCCGGGGCAGGUCUCCCUCCUGGGUCCUGAUGCAGUCUCUGUGCUUGGCUCUGGCCUGAGCCUCAGCCCGGGCCCCAGCUCUGGCCUUGGCCCUGACCCUGGCUCUGUACUGGGCUCCCUCCCCAAUCCCAACCCCCAAACCAUCCCUGGCUCUAGAUCUACCCCCACCCCUGAUUCUGUCAAAUCUUCUGACCCUGAGCCUGGGCACGAAACCAAUUCUGACCUUGCGGCCAGCCCUGACCACGGAUCUGGUCCCAGCCCCGACCCGGAUACUGUGCCCAGCCCUGACCCCAACUCUGAGUCCCACCCUGAGCCUGGCUCUCCCACCCGUGACACCGUCAGCCCAGUCCUCCCUACUGGCGAUAGUCCCAAGUGGGUGCAGGAGCAAGGGGCACUGCUGGGACCGGAUGGCUGACGGGCAGGCUGGCACCCACAGGGGCCUGGGAAACUUGUGUGUUGUGCAGUUAGUAAAAUCCUCCCACUGCCUCCUGG